GGAAGCCACUGCGUGCGGGUCACUCGAUGGCUUGGUGCACAUAACGGCAGCAGCAAUGGUUUCCACUGAAGAACUAGUGAAAGCUUCACUAGAGAUCAUCUUGUCUAACCCCGGCUGGUCCCUUGUGAGCUUCCUGCUUGCGUAUGUCGUCCUCUGGUGGUACAUCAGGCAGACGUCAGAGGUCGGAGGCUUCGGCCAGAAGCAUGUGGUCAUCACAGGAUGUGACAGCGGGUUUGGGAAUCUACUGGCCAGGCAGCUGGACCAGAAAGGCUUCCAGGUGUUGGCUGCGUGUCUGACGGAGAAAGGGGCGGCAGACCUGUCUUCUCUGACCUCCCCGAGACUUAAAACCCUGCUGCUGGAUGUCACUGAUACCGAGAGCAUCAGGAGGAUGGUGGAGUUCGCGAGCAAGGAGGUGGGGGAGAGAGGUCUGUGGGGUCUGGUCAAUAAUGCUGGCAGGUCCACUCCAAUGGCCCCCUCAGAUUGGAUGCAGUUGGAGGAUUUCCAAAAGGUCCUGGAUGUGAAUCUGGUCGGGCUCAUCGAGGUCACGCUCCAGUUUUUGCCGCUGCUGAAGAAAGCCAAGGGACGGGUGGUGAACGUGGCCAGCAUUAUGGGCCGACUGUCCCUCACUGGAGGGGGCUACUGUCCGUCCAAGUGGGGGGUGGAGGCCUUCUCCGACAGCCUCAGGCGGGACAUGCAGCACUUUGGAAUACAAGUCAGCAUUAUCGAACCUGGUUUCUUCAAGACUGCCGUGACCCGUACUGACCUAAUCGAAGCUGACGUGAGAAGACUUUGGACCAGCGUUCCUCAGGAAGUCAGAGACUCUUAUGGGCCGACGUACUUUGAUGACUACAUUAAAGCUCAAAACUCCUCUCUGGGCCUGCUAUGUAGUCCAGACAUCUCCAAGGUGACCAGAUGCAUGGAGCACGCUCUGUCUGCUUGCACCCCAAAGACUCGCUACAGCGCAGGAUGGGACGCCAAGUUUUUGUGGCUGCCUCUGUCUUACUGUCCCUCUUUUGUGUCAGACUUUGUCAUGAGUGUGUUGCUGCCCCCACCUAAAGCUACAGCCCAGACAAUGUAGAACAAAACAGGAGUAGUCAAUACAUGACUGGUCAUUCAUAUUCCACGUUCCAGACAGAGUCACAAAAUAGAAAAUUUAUUCAUUCAUGUCUCAGCAGCAGCAGCAAUUUAAAACCACAUAAACAUCAUUCGGAAUGAUCACAAUAUAUUUGCUCUUAUGAUAAAAAAUAGAAAAUCAUUAGUGAGUUCUUUUUUAUAUAUAAAAAAAGUCUGAUCUGUGGGUGAAGUGUCUUGUACUUCAUUACAUAAAUUAAUUUUCACAUUCAAGUAUUGGCCCAAAACGUGGCCAUUGUUAAGCAAGUCCCUCGCAAAUCAUGGAGAAGGAUCGUGUUGAUUGGAAGUCGGGAUCAUCGUGUUGAUUUUGCACACUUUGCUACUUCCUGUCUGGGGUGUUUGAGGCGAGGGAACCGUAUCAUCAGCCAAAGUUUUAGUCAAAAUAUGUGAGAAAAUCCCUGGAACUCUUACAUUGCUAAAACACAGACUUAAAUGUUGCUAUGGUAAAUGACCUUUAUGAAGGAUCCACCGAUCACAUUCCUGAUGGAAAUAUGAAAAUCUGCCUCCGCAGCCGCAGAUUUUGAUCAAAGAUAAAACAGUAGGUCUGAUUGCCCUUCCUUGUAAAAUGACUGUCUGUCCACUAAAGAGCCAAACAAGGAGGGUGUGUAGAGGUGAGAUGAGAGGAUGGGUUCACGUUUUCAAGAUGUCGAUGCUCAACGAUAGGCACUUUUCAUAUUUUCCAUUUGUGCGCAAAUAUGGACUAAAAGCACAAGCCCAGGCUCAGUUCCCUCGCCUCUGUUGAAUAGUAGAAUUUGAAUUUGCCAGCCCUGAAAGUGUUGAGGUAUAUAAGCAUGAACCGACAACAUCUCCAAUUUUGCUGUGGAAACUUCGUCUGCGUAACUGUGAAGGUACUUCUGACAAAAUCUGUCCAAAUUUACAAAUAUAUAACACAUUUAUCCACAUGUCUAUCAGCAGCGUCUGUGCAAAGAUUUACAUUUUGUACAUUAGAAUAGAGAAAAACAAGAAGAAAUGGCGUAAGAAAUGUGGAAGGCAAAGUCACGCGAGAGGCGUAUCUCUUCAUAAAUGUGUGUCUGGAUUAGAUAGUUCUACACAGUCUGCAUAAAAAAAUAAAUU